AUGGAUUGGGCUACAAACAACAAUAGCGACUCUGUGAACACUGUCAAUUAUCCACGCCAGCAACAGCAACAACAACAACAACCAUCCUCACAGCGCCGCAGACUCACCAAGAAACCACCGCCACAGUAUCUCCAGCACACGCCCAGCUACUCCGUUGCAGGCGACGGGCGCUUUGACGCCCAGUCCCUCCAGAGCAAACGGAGCUCCAGCAGCUUGAAGCGAGCUCCUAGCGCUCCACUCCAGAAUACUGGCAGAUCCUCUAACGCGUCAAACAACUCAUCACCCCGACAUCCUCCUAAUCACCCACUUCCGCCUCCCGUCUCUGCUCCCCUUCUUUCUUCUACCACAACCACAACCACAUCCACACCCACUCCCUCCUCCUCCUCCGCCGCCGCCGCCGCCGUCGCCGUCACCGCCAACAGCAACUUCGUCAUCUCCUCUCCUCUAGCCUACCCCUCGCCGGCCGCCCAGCCCGGCGAUUUCUUCGCCACGACGACUUCUGCACCUUCUUAUCAGGUUGCCGCCCCCACUUCCCCUUCCGUAUCCCACUCCCACACCUCGCCGCCGACCACCAUUACUACUGCGACAUUCCCCGCCACUAGCGCUUCUGCCGCCGGCGCAACAGCGGCAUUUGGCGCUGGCGUUGGUUUUGGCUCUGAUUCUGGUCGUGGCAUUGACAUUGACAUCGGCAUCCGUGCUGGCACCGCCCCGUCGACAUCGGCUCGAGUCACUCAAGGCCAAAGGCAGGGUCAUAGCUCCCAGGAACAACAGCAGAAACCAAAACAGCACCAGCAUCUGCAGCGUUUAUCCGGCCCGCAACAGCUACCCUUGCGGCCUCUCCGCUCCAAAACAUCCGAAGAGUUUGUCGGCGCUCCCUUCGACAGUGAUAGUAUCCUCAGUCAGCUCGACAAAGCUGCCGCCCGAGUACCCUUGUCUCCCCAAGCUGCUCCGCCCACUGUUCGCCCUCAGCCGCCCCCGCCAUCAUCCGACCCGCGUAUCAUGAAACCUUCUCUUCGCCGCUCCGCUAGCUUUAACGUUGCCAAUGCCACCAUGUCUGAGAAGUCUCAAGCCGCCCGUUCGAAUGAUGCUCCCAUCAUCUCAUCCAAACGGUAUUCCGACGAGUCCAAAGAGCCCAAGCCCCCCAGUGUCUUAAGAAAAAAGUCGGGGUUCUCCGGCCUCAUGAGCACCUUGGUGGGGUCACCAAAGAAACCGGUUAUCUCUGCACCAGGGAAUCCGGUUCAUGUCACGCAUGUCGGAUACGAUAGCAAUACUGGCCAGUUCACGGGCCUCCCAAAAGAAUGGCAGCGUCUUAUUAACGAGAGUGGUAUCCCCGAAAAUGCUCAGAGGGAAAACCCGCAAAUGAUUGCAGACAUUGUGACCUUUUAUAAGGAAACUACAGAGAGGCCUCACGAGGACCAGGUUCUUGAGAAGUUUCCUGAUGUUAGAGCCCCGGAGCUUCGCACACCAUCAGGAGGAAUAACAUCUCCCGGCAUCUACUCGCCAAACCUAGCUGGUAUGUCACCUAUGAUUAGUCCACCAGCAAGUCCCAGAUUUCCAAUUGUGAAUCAUGAAGGCACCUUUGAAAACCCCCGCGCCCCGCCGCCGGUUCCUAUACCAGGGAAAAGCCUAGCGCUGCAUACACCUAGAGACCAUCCGAAUCUUCAACCCAGUCGCCCGGCGCCGAAACCUCCAGUCUCCAUGCAAACACGAGUGCAACCGCAGUCACCGUAUCCUCCGGCCAAAGAUUCUGGCAUCGGCAUAUCACAGCCUGGCGAAGAUUUGCCAGCUGUUGCUUACGCUCCCCCGCCCAAGGAUAGCAGUGUCCCGAUGCUGCCUGAAGAACAUAGGUCGAGGUCUAACUCUCGUGUCAAUGGUUCCUCACCUUAUAGUCCCCUUAUUGCCCAAGCUCCUGCCAGCCAACCCUCUCCGGCAAUGCAAGCCGCCGCUUACCAACAACAACUGAUGCAACAGCAACAGGAACAGGCCAUGUCUCAAGCUCAAGCUGCGAUGAAAGGACAACUAGGAAGGUCUCAAAGUACGAGACAGCCUCCGCCACAGCCUAUGGGCACAAGAACACAACAUCCUCGACCUCCCGAAGCUAACGGUGGUGGCGCUGGCGCCCCGCCGACACAGGUGCGACCUCGCAAUAGGACGACACGUCAAAGCCAGAAUACUACGAUGGAUGUUGCUGCUGCUUUGAAAAGGAUAUGCUCAGAAGGUGACCCCCGCGAGAUAUACAGAGGAUUUACGAAAAUUGGCCAGGGUGCGUCUGGCGGCGUCUACACAGGUCAUGAGAGAGGCUCAAACCGUUUGGUGGCCAUCAAACAGAUGAACCUGGAGCAGCAACCGAAGAAAGACUUGAUCAUCAAUGAGAUUCUCGUCAUGAAGGACAGCAUCCACCCAAACAUUGUUAAUUUUAUUGACAGCUACCUCUGUGGUGGCGAACUGUGGGUGAUUAUGGAGUACAUGGAAGGUGGUAGUCUAACUGAUGUGGUCACCUUCAACAUUAUGACUGAGGGCCAAAUAGCCUCGGUCUGCAGGGAGACACUGAAAGGGCUCCAGCACCUGCAUUCGAAAGGUGUAAUUCACCGAGAUAUCAAAUCUGAUAACAUAUUAUUAUCACUGGAAGGCAGUAUUAAGCUCACUGAUUUUGGAUUCUGCGCUCAGAUCAACGAAGCUCAUAAUAAGCGCACCACAAUGGUCGGUACGCCCUACUGGAUGGCACCUGAGGUCGUAACCAGGAAGGAAUACGGUCGCAAGGUCGAUAUAUGGUCUCUUGGAAUCAUGGCUAUCGAAAUGAUUGAAGGAGAGCCGCCCUACUUGACAGAGUCUCCACUUCGCGCUUUGUGGCUAAUCGCUACGACCGGUACACCACAAAUCAAAGACGAGCAUACUCUAUCCGCAGUAUUCCGCGACUUCCUCUAUUUUGCCCUCAAGGUAGAUCCUGAAAAGAGAGCCAGUGCUCAUGACCUCCUUCGACACGAAUUCAUGAAGUUAUGUGUCGAUCUUGGAUCACUAUCCCCUCUAGUCCGAGCUGCUAGAGAAGCUCGACAACAAGAAAAGUCUCGGAAGGGAAAUUGA